AUGGGCACCAUCCGCGUCUAUUACACCAGCGUCAGCGGCUCCCCGGGGGUCAGCGGGGUGGCUCCCACCCGCCGACCGGGCGCGCACGCGCCGUGGGUCCCGCGGGCCCGGCUCACGCGCCCCCUCCUGCAGGUGAAGCAGCGCCAGGCCGAGGUGCUGCGCAUCCUGGACGGGAACAGGCUGAAGUACGAGCUCAUCGACGUCUCGGUCAGCGAGCGCCUGCUCCAGGAGAUGCGCGACAGGGCGGGAGACCCCGCCGCCGUCCCGCCGCAGAUCUGCAACGGCGAGAACUACUGCGGAGACUUUGAGAUGUUAUAUGAAGCAACUGAAAAUGAAGAAGUUUCUAAGUUCUUAAAGAUGACAUCAAUAGACAAGACUGUUAGAGAGGAAAUUGCUAUCUGACAGCUGGUUCUGGAACCAGGUUGCUUCAAAUGCCAAAUUUACUAAAUAUAUUUAUUCCUUUCUGGUUUCAUUAGUUAUUCAGGGUAAAUCUAAUGAUUUUUUAUUUAUUUUUAGUAUUACAGUAUAGCUGGGUCAAGUCCUUCAUGAUAGUGUGGACACAAGAAAGCUAGAGGCCUUUAGCACACUGUACAUCUUUCAUUCCAAAAGCCAGUUUACAAUGUUUUCCAUAUUUUUUCAAAAAACCUCUCAAAUAAAAUAAUUCCUACUUGUCAUCUUUAGAUCUUUGUUAAUCUUUUAAUCCUAGCACCACUAGGCCACCAAGAAUGAUCAGUGUACUGUCUAAACAGCUUUAUUUCCCGAGACAGUUAAAAGCAAGUAAUUAGUAUUUUAAUUACCCAUUAAUUUUUAAGAAGUGGAUUUCUUUUCUUCAGAUAGAACUUUCCUAUCCAUCCACAUAGGUUUUAUACAUAAAUCCUCCCCCACCUCAAUAGAAUAAUUAUCAUAACAGAUGCAUUAUUGUCCUAGGAGCUACUUUUCUUGGAAACUUACUGUUCUCAAUGGGGUGCAUAGAGCUCUGUAUUUUAAUAAUGUUCAAGGCAGGCUUUUUUUGCGGGGGAGGACCAGAUCUUCCAUUUACAAGUCACUUUUACGUGAAUGAACUCAGCUCCUAAAAAUAUGAAUUUUAAACAUCAGCAUAGGGUUUCCUUAAAUUGUUGCCGCACUUAUGGAUUCCCUCUCAAAGUUAGGGAUGGCAAAACGCUUAACAUUUCAGCUAUGUGAGAAAAAAUAGCCUGUAGUGAAAUUAAGCACAUAAUUAAGAAAAGACAUAAGGGAAAAAAAGAAGAAAAAAAAUCAAAUACAUUUGUUUCAAUGACUUUUUGAGGAGUAACAUUAUAAAUUGAUAGGGGUCCCUAUAUGGGAAGGUACUACAUUCAUUUCAGAUACAAGGCCUCACAGAGUGAUACUGUCACUCCUUGAAAAAGUGCAAUGAUCCUUUCCCCCCAGCACAGGACCAACACUGGUAACCACUGCAGACACCAGGAAGAAGCUUGGAGAUAGUAAUAUUACCCUCAUGCUAGCCUUGCAGAAUCUUCUCUCUGAGGGCAAGCAUUUUAGGUUUAUUAUUUGAGUAGGAUAGGUGAGCACAAGGGACAGGUUUCUUCUCAUGUCUGCCUUUACAACUACAACACAGAACUGGUGGACCCUGAAGUUCAAUAGUUAUGGUACUGAAUCUUUGCAGACAGCUUUUCCAGCAAGUGUCUUAUCUACAUGUUGAGACUUUUACACAAUAAAAACAACCCCCCGUUCCCUGCCCACAACAUCCUGCCCCCCUUCUCCCCAGUCAAUCAGAAAACAAUUUGUAUUCCUCAGGUUAAAUUAUAUUGAAGAUAAGGUAAGGCUACAAUUUUCAGAAGUUAUCAAGAAGAGAUAGACUGCAUUGCCCCAUAUACUUUAAUACAUAUUGCUAACUCAUAUUGAAACUAUAGUUUUAUUUCCCAAGUUUGAGAAUGCCAAUUGAGAACACACGUUCUUAACUCAAGUCUUGGCCAUACACAAAAGUCCUUACCUCUAGCAUACAGCUGAUUUUACUUCUAGUUGCACAAAUUGGGAGCUGCAAACAUGACCCACAAACUUCCCUAAUUUCUAGCAAGAACUCUAUACUAAACAUGUAGUGAAUUUGCAACCUGCCUAAUGUUUACUGUAUGUUAUACUUCAAUAUUAUGGUCUAUUUCCAAACACAUUACUCAAGAAUACAUGAAUAUUUAAUGAGACCAAGAUGCUUCAAAUAACAAAAAGUAAAAGUUUAAAAACAUGAAAAGAAAAAUAAGUAACAUUCCUUGUGUAUCAGUAGAAAAAGUUUAUUAUUACAGUGCGCACCACUGUAACCUGGAACAGCAAGUAAACAUUAAAUGCAAGCAUGCAAUUAUUACAGAUUUUUGGAAUUCAUUUUUAUUUAAGAGCUUUGCAUUACUGAAUGACAAUAUUCUUUGCUUUUAAGACUACUUUUUAAAAACAGUCAAUAAAACAUUAAAUGAUUCUGUAUUACACAUGUGAAACAUAUUAGGAAAAGGCAAACGUGUUUUCUUGUCAGGACAAACUCCAUCAAAAGUUGCUUUCCCCAAAAUGGACCUUAUGAACCACUUUAGAAAAAACACCAAAUCAUAGCAAAAGCAAGAGUGGAAGAUAAAAAAAAAAAAAACAAAUUGAACAAAAACACUAUUUAGAAGACGUGAUAACUGUUCCCAGUUGUGCUUUAUCCCAUUUAGACAUAAGGAAAAAAUCAUCCUAUAAAUAGGCAAGUAAAUAUUCCCUCUUCUCAUUCAUGAACCAUUCAUUAAUAAGGUUAACAAAACAAAGCUUUAUUUCAGAGCACUUAAAUGUAAUUUGGAAUUCUGGUGAGUACCAAUACAGUCCAACUUAGGACUGGGAAUUCAGCUUCAUGCUCACAACAUACUUUAUUCUUCAAGUAGAAAGGUUGCUAGCUGGCGUAAUAACUCAGUUUGGAAAGCUUGUAGGACUGUCAUCUGUCAUACCAGAUCAUCAGAGACAAUUAUAGUGAAUUAGGACCCAAACCCGCAACCUCACUUUUGUAGCAGUGCUUUAUGAGCAAGGGUUGUUCUUCAUAGAUUUUCAGAUUUCAUAGACAUUUGGGGAUGGAAGGGACCUCAUGAGAUCACUGGGUCUAGCGCCCCCACCAUAGGCAGGAAGUCAGCUGGGAUCAAUUGACCCCAGCAAGAAGUAAAUCCAGCUGUUUUUUGAAGGAGUCCAGAGUAGGUGCUUGCACCACCUCUAAGUCGGCCUUCCUGGAGUUUAUGGCCAUUAAACCUUGUUAUCCCUUACUGGCCUUAAAAAAGGGCCAAUAAGGGAUAACAAAUAAAGAUGGCAAGACCAGGACCUUAAUAUAUUGUUUCCAGGUUCUACCGUGGACAUUUUAUCUUAAAACAUCUUUUAUAAAAUAUAAAUCUUCUAGCAGAUUAAUGUUAGUAAUUUCUGUUACAACUUAGUAUCACUCUAGCAAUGCCUACGUUACAAAAAUGAACUUUAUUUUAACUGAAUGUGUGGCAAAACAUA